AUGAAGGGUGUUCUGUUUGGAGCUUUGGUUGGACUGCUUUUGGUAACUGUGUGUGACUGUGAAGCCGCUGAAGCUACUGAAGCCGCUAAGGCUGAUGAAGCUGCUGAGGCCCCUGAAGCCGGUAAUUAUUGUAAAAAGAAGACUUCAGAUGGUAUCCCUACCGACGUAAAUGGAAGCUGCAAUUGCUUCUAUAAUGAAGUUGCCUUCUACCCAAAGGACCUAUUCACCGAAUGCCAAAUAGGGGAUGGUGCAGUUAUUUUUCAUGUCAUGGGUAUGCUCUACAUGUUUACAGCUCUGGCGUUGAUCUGUGAUGAGUUCUUUGUACCCGCCUUGGAAGUCAUCAUAGAGGUUACCGAUAUCAGUGACGAUGUCGCCGGUGCAACCUUUAUGGCAGCUGGUGGCAGCGCCCCGGAGUUCUUCACCUCUGUCAUCGGUGUUUUCAUAUCCGAAUCACAAGCCUAG